AUGGCUCGUGAGAACUUGACUAUCCGCCUCGCUGAGCGCCCUACGGACGAGAUCGUCCCUGGCACGACCUUCACUGCGAAGCGUGAGGCGGCCCCCUCCCCCGACGACCUCAAGGAUGGCGAGAUCCUCGUUGAGGUGCUGUAUCUAUCUCUCGACCCCUCGCUGCGUGGACAAUUGAACGACCGCCGCAGCUAUGUGCCCCCCGUGCAGAUCGGAGCCGUCAUGAACGGCGCUUCCGCCUCGCGCGUGCUCGCCUCCAAAUCGAAGCUGGUCCAGCCCGGCGAGUACGUCUAUGCCGCCACUGGCUGGCAGCAGUACAAGAUUCUCAAGGCGGGCACCUUUGAGCCGGCAUCUGCCUACCCUGGACUGCAGCAGCCGCAGGACAUGCUCUCCGCCAUGGGUCUGACCGGCGUCACGGCGUGGUAUGGCGUGACGCAGAUCGGCGAGCCCAAGGCCGGCGAGACGUUUGUCGUGUCGGGCGCGGCGGGCGCCACGGGCAGUGUGGCCGGCCAGAUCGCCAAGCUCAAGGGCGCGCGUGUCGUCGGCAUUGCCGGCAGCGACGAGAAGUGCAAGUGGCUCGUCGACGACCUGGGCUUCGACGCGGCCGUCAACUACAAGGCGCCCGACUGGCGCCAGAAGCUCAAGGAGGCCACGCCCAACUUCAUCGACGUGUACUAUGACAAUGUGGGCGGGGAGAUUCUGGACGCGGCGCUGGCGCGGGCCAAGGAGCACGCGCGGUUUGUGAUUUGCGGCGUCAUCAGCCAGUACAACAGCUCGUCACCGGCGGGGAUCAAGAACAUCCACCAGGUGGUGACGAUGCGCAUCAAGAUGCAGGGAUUCAUCAUCUUUGACGCGCAGGCCCAGUAUGCCCAGGCGCGCAAGGAGCUGGGCACGUGGCUGGCCGAGGGCAAGAUCAAGAAGAACGAGACGAUUAUCAAGGGGGGUCUGGAGAAGGCGGAGCAGGGGCUCGUUGAUCUGUUCAGGGGCGUGAACCAGGGCAAGCUGCUGGUGGAGGUGAAGAACCCGAGUGAGACGCCCUCUAAGCUGUAG